GGACCGUCGCGCGGCAACGCGCGGAGCCGGCGGAAGUGGGGCUCGGGUCCCGCGGCUGGGCUGGAGGCCGCGAGCGCCGUCGUCUGCCCGGGCCCGCCCAACGGGUUCCCAACCCCAUCCGGACCCUGCCGCCCGAGCGCGCGGCCCCGGGAGCACCCGCCUCCCAGCAUGGUGCUCAAGGCCUUCUUCCCCACGUGCUGCGUCUCGGUGGACAGCGGCCUGCUGGUGGGAAGGUGGGUUCCAGAGCACAGCAGCGCCGUGGUCCUGGCGGUCCUGCACUUUCCCUUCAUCCCCAUCCAGGUCAAGCAGCUCCUGGCCCAGGUGCGGCAGGCCAGCCAGGUGGGCGUGGCUGUGCUGGGUACCUGGUGCCACUGCCGGCAGGAGCCCGAGGAGAGCCUGGGCCGCUUCCUGGAGGGCCUGGGUGCCGUCUUCCCCCAUGAGCCCUGGCUGCAGCUGCGCCGGGAAAGAGGCGGCACGUUCUGGAGCUGCGAGGUCACCCACCGGCAAGCGCCCGCUGCCCCCAGUGUCCCUGGUGAGGACCAGGUCAUGCUCAUCUUCUAUGACCAGCGCCAGGUGCUGCUAUCACAGCUACACCCGCCCACCGUCCUGCCCGACCGCCAGGCUGGAGCCACCCCUGCCAGCACGGGGGGCCUGGCUGCGGUCUUUGACACAGUGGCGCGCAGUGAGGUCCUCUUCCGCAGCGACCGCUUCGAUGAGGGCCCCGUGCGGCUGAGCCACUGGCAGUCGGAGGGCGUGGAGGCCAGCAUCCUCGCGGAGCUGGCCAGGCGAGCCUCGGGACCCGUCUGUCUGCUGCUGGCCAGCCUGCUGUCACUGGUCUCAGCCGUCGGUGCCUGCCGAGUGUUCAGGCUCUGGCCCCUGUCCUUCCUCGGAAGCAAGCUCUCCACGUGUGAACAGCUUCGGCACCGGCUGGAGCACCUCACACUCAUCUUCAGUACGAGGAAGGCGGAGAACUCUGCCCAGCUGAUGAGGAAGGCCAACACGGUGGCCUCCGUGCUGCUGGACGUGGCCCUGGGCCUCACGCUACUGUCCUGGCUCCACGGGAGAAGCCGCAUUGGGCAUCUGGCCGACGCCCUCGUUCCUGUGGCUGACCACGUGGCCGAGGAGCUCCAGCACCUGCUGCAGUGGCUGAUGGGCGCUCCCGCCGGGCUCAAGAUGAACCGUGCACUGGACCAGGUGCUGGGCCGCUUCUUCCUCUACCACAUCCACCUGUGGAUCAGCUACAUCCACCUCAUGUCCCCCUUCGUCGAGCACAUCCUGUGGCACGUGGGCCUCUCAGCCUGCCUGGGCCUCACGGUGGCCCUGUCCCUGCUUUCGGAUAUCAUCGCCCUCCUCACCUUCCACAUCUACUGCUUCUACGUCUAUGGAGCCAGGCUGUACUGCCUGAAGAUCCAUGGUCUAUCCUCGCUCUGGCGUCUGUUCCGGGGGAAGAAGUGGAACGUCCUGCGCCAGCGCGUGGAUUCCUGUUCCUAUGACCUGGACCAGCUGUUCAUCGGGACUCUGCUCUUCACCAUCCUGCUCUUCCUCCUGCCAACCACGGCCCUGUACUACCUGGUGUUCACCCUGCUCCGGCUCCUGGUGGUCGCUGUGCAGGGCCUGAUCCAUCUGCUCGUGGACCUCAUCAACUCCCUGCCGCUGUACUCACUGGGUCUUCGGCUCUGCCGGCCCUACAGGCUGGCAGAUAAACCCACUGCCCUACAGCCGCGUGAUGCACACCUACCGUCUCCCCAGCUGUGGCUGCCACCCCAAGGACUCCUGGGGUGCCCUGUGCCGCAAGCUGUUCUUUGGCGAGCUCAUCUACCCCUGGAGGCAGAGAGGGGACAAGCAGGACUGAGGGAGCCGGCCGCCGGCUCACGCAGAACCACUGCACAGCCACGGUCAGCCCUCUGCCAGGGUGGUGCCAGCUCAGCUGGCGCGCGGCCCGUGCUUUGUGGACGUUGCUGUAUGCUCCAGAACACGGCAGGCCCCGCUAUCACACCUUGGGCUUGGAGGUCAUUGGGGGUGAGCAGAUGUGGGGGUGGCCAGCCUAGCUGGCCGCGCUCCAUCACUGGCACUGCCUGCCUUGAGAGCCACUUCCCGCCUGCUGCAGUCACCACGGUGGCGAGCACAGCAGCCCUGGGUGUCCAGAGCACUGCCCCAUGCCCACCCUGCGUACCCAGGUCCAGAGGGCCCGGGCCCUGACUCCCUGAACCACAAGGGGUUUAUUUGCUGAUGUUCCCUGGAGAGGUCGCUUUGUGAAGGAGCUGUCAGCAGGCUGUGGGCAUCGCCAGGCUGCUGUGGGGGCAGGAGCAGCCUCAGUGUCAAGGGCCCGCCCACUGACCCAGCCAUACCUAUCCGUGAGUGGUGCCCCUGCAGCAACAGGCCCUUGGGCCAAAUCUCCUGUCUCCCAUCAUGGGCCUCCCAGGGAAGGAGGAAGCCCUGCUGUGCAGACGCCUCUGUGGCCCACGGGUGUGAGCAGCCUGGGAGGGGGCUGUGGCACUGAAGCCAAAAGUGCUUGCCAGACAUUACGGCCUGGGUGCGGGUGUUCCCUUCAGGAGGGAAGCCUGCAGGUGCUGGCUGGUGAGGGGAUGAUGCGCUGUGGGCGGGAGGAGGCAGCACCCGUCUCAGCAGCACCAGGACCACUCUGGACUCCCUGGCGACCCAGCACUGGGGAAGCCGUCAGCUGCUGUGCAAUAAAACCUGCCCCGUGUUUGGAGCGUA